CAGCGGGCAGCCGAGUUUGUCAUGAGGGCGCCACUAGAACGCUGUUUGAAAUGGCCCUAUCAUGGAUAUUAUUUUCGUACAUUGAAUCCUAUGAUUAUUAUGAAACCCUAUGUCAUCGCCUAGCGAAAAUUCAAAAUAUUUCUUUUUUAUACGUUUUUCUAUGCCUUUAAUGUUUUAUUUUAAUUUCCAGAAUGAAAUAAGUGAUAUAUAAAUUUUAAGUAUGACUAAAGACGCUCGUUACUCGCUUCAUGCUCGGCGGCCAUGUCUGAAGCUCGCUUGAACCUUUGGGAGUUCGUGUUGUGCUAUUCUUUGUUAUAAUAAAAAAGACAGUGGUUUUGUUGCUGGUAGACAAUGAAUUAAUGAUAUACUUAAUGACUAUGAACUUUGUUAAAUGUGGAGUGUUUGAUGUAGUCGAGCAAAUCGAUAGAAUUUGCUCUUGCAGAAGUUACUCAAACAUCGUAUUUUUAGUUCAUCCGCCAUAUUGGCGUUAAUAAAUCUUCGUUUGGAUCUCAUCCCAAGUGACCAAGCAAAUUGCAAUAGCUACCUGCAGACAUCAACUGCCCUGCAUUUUUAUGUGCAAGGUCUAAAAAAAUAAUUAAAUGAACAGAAUGAAGUACACAUAGGUGCAAAGGCACCACAAUAUAUUAUGAUAGAAUGGUUGUAUGUUAUAAGAGGGUAUAGCUGAUGCCUCUUAGCCAGAAAUUGGACGAGCCUCUUGUUACAAUUGAGGUAGAUUGCAGACUCCAGCACAAUGCAGCAGGCAGUCGAUCCUCUCGCUACAACCAGCACUCCGUCGGCGGAACCCGUGAACGGGACGCCCUCGGACGAGGCUCCGCGACGACAAGGGCGAGUGACCAAUCAGCUGCAGUUCCUCCAAAAAAACGUGAUUAAGGCCGUGUGGAAGCAUCGAUUCGCAUGGCCUUUUCACCAACCUGUGGAUGCUAAGAAAUUGAAUCUUCCUGAUUACCACAAAAUCAUCAAAAAGCCUAUGGACUUAGGCACUAUCAAGAAGCGUUUGGAGUCAAACUACUACUAUUCAGCCCAAGAAUGUAUUCAGGAUUUCAAUACAAUGUUCACAAACUGUUAUGUCUACAACAAACCUGGAGAGGAUGUAGUGGUAAUGGCGCAGACUUUAGAAAAGCUGUUUCUAAAUCGGAUAGCGCAAAUGGACAAGGAGGAGAAGGAGAUCGAGAUGCCCUCGAACAGCAGCAAGAGCACGGUGAAGAAGCGCGCGGGAGGGUCGAGCGCGACGGCGGGCGCGGGCGCGGCGACGCCGGGCGCAGCGGCGGGCGCGCGCGCCACGCCCGCCAAGCCCGCCGCGCCCGCGCCGCUGCCCGCGUUUGUGGGCUCCACCAACACCACCACCACGCCCACGCUCAGCGCGCCCGCCGCCACGCCGCCGGCCACGCACACGGGCCUGCCGCAGCAGGUAGCGACGCAACCUUCCAAUUUCCACGUGACCCAAGCGGCCGCCCAACCGGUCCCGACAAUACCGGCUGUCACGCUGUCACAGACCCAACCCGCCAAGGUGAAAAAAGGUGUUAAAAGAAAAGCUGAUACCACAACACCAAUGGGUAGCUCGUUUGAAGGUGGCUACACAACCCCCACUAUUGAUCAACAGAGCGGACCCAAGCCUGCCAAAAUAUCCACGAGGAGAGAGAGUGGAAGACAAAAAAAGGCGAGUCGGGUGGUGGAGGACGGGUUCAAGCUGGACGGACUGUCGCCGGGCGCGGCCGGCGCGUCGCACGCCGCGCUGGCGCCGCAGCUGGCCAAGGGCAAGGAGAAGCUGUCCGACGCGCUCAAGAGCUGCAACGAGAUCCUCAAGGAGCUCUUCUCCAAGAAGCACUCGGGUUAUGCAUGGCCGUUUUAUAAACCUGUGGAUGCGGAAUUGCUAGGUCUACAUGAUUAUUUUGAUAUUAUUAAGAAACCUAUGGACCUUGGGACUGUCAAACAAAAGAUGGAUACUAGAGCUUACAAAACGGCUGCAGAAUUUGCGGCGGAUGUCCGUUUAAUAUUUACGAACUGCUACAAAUAUAAUCCGCCGGAUCACGACGUGGUCGCGAUGGCUCGAAAACUCCAAGACGUGUUUGAAAUGAGAUACGCAAAGAUUCCCGAUGAACCAAGUCAUGUAGGAGUGCCACAUGUAGAUAAAGGAAGUUCGGCCUCAAGUUCAGAAUCUGGCUCGGAGUCUGACACGGAAUCCGAUGACUCUGAGGAAGAAAGAAAUAGAGCAGUGAAAUUGUUAGAAAAGGAACUGCUUGCACUGCAAGAGAAAAUGAGGAAACUCGUCGAGGAGUCCAGCAACAAGAAAAAGGCGAAAAAGAAAGUCAAGGACAAAUCACAGAAAAAACAAGUCUCAAACAGCGCGAUUCCUAAAGCAAAUGCUGUCGCUGCGUACAACGCUAAAGCAAAUAAUAUUGGCGAAAACUUAGCGACGAGCGGCGUGCGCGGCAAGACGGGCAGCAAGCGAGGCGCGGGAGCUGCGGGCGCGGCGGCGACGGCGGCGGGCGGCGCGGGUAAGGGGGCUGCACGCGGCGCGCCCGCCAAGAAGAAGGGCUCCACGCCCACGGCCGCGCCGCAGCACCACGCGCCGCCGCACCACGCGCACCACGCGCACCCCGACUCGGACGACGAGGACCUCGCCAAGCCCAUGUCCUACGACGAGAAGCGGCAGCUCUCGCUCGACAUCAACAAGCUGCCCGGUGACAAACUGGGAAAAGUAGUCCACAUAAUUCAGAGUCGAGAACCUUCACUGAGGGACUCCAAUCCAGAUGAAAUCGAGAUUGAUUUCGAAACAUUGAAACCAUCCACGCUUAGAGAAUUAGAAAGUUAUGUUGCAUCGUGUCUUCGGAAGAAAACGCAUCGAAAGGUGUCUGGCAAAUCAAAAGACGAACAAAUGGCUGAAAAGAAACAAGAAUUAGAAAAACGGUUGCAGGAUGUAUCAGGGCAAUUAGGAACACAUAAGAAACAACAACCUAAAAAAGAAGGCUGCAAGGACGGGCUCGGCGGUGGCAUGUCGUCGUCGUCCAGCUCGUCCGACUCGUCCAACUCGUCCUCCAGCACCGACACCAGCUCGUCCGACAGCAGCGACAGCGAAGCAGGCACAGGUUUGGGAAAGCCUUCGAAGAAGAAGGUGAAAAAGCAGGCCAAUCAGCUUUCAUCACAAACGAAAACGGUAGCACCCCUUGUAGUGUCCGCGCCGACCGCGCCCGUCGCCCCUCCUGCGCCCGCUGAGCUUGCGCCGCCCGCAGACACCAAGCCCGAAGCGGCGCCAUCACCUCAGCCCGAAGUGAAAAGUCAGCCUGCGCCCCCCGCUCCCCUCACGCAACUCGUCAACCCCGCUCCCGCACCCGUCCUCCCUCCCGCCGUCAACGUGCCCGAUUCUUCAAACGUAUCCGUUUUGAGAGAAACCGAAAGCCAGAAGCCUCCCAUAAAAACAGAGCCACGGAACGGGCUCGACAAAGUUGACGCUUCACAAUACAUAGAUCCCAUCGAGCGAUCACUGGCCAGCCUCGAGCGAAGUCUGCAAGCCGACGUGCCUAUGGACGUCAGCGUGGGCGCGUCCGAGCCGCCGAUGCGCCUAGAUGAAUUUACGCUGCCCAAGCCGCCGAUCGUACCGGAUGCGGCUCAUCAUAACUUGAUGGCUCAGCUCGGCGGGCUGACUGACAUGACGAACGUCUCGGAGCAGAUCAAGAACGAAAUGUACGUCCCGCCCCACAAUGGAUUCGUGGAAAAAAACGCGCAACACGAGCGCGAGAUGCUGAGGCCAGAUAUCAACACUAACGUGCCCGGCAUGACGACGGCGGCGCCCGCGGCUUCCAUCUUCGAUCCCGUGUACGCGGCGCCGCUCGCGCACGCGGCGCACCCCGGCCUGGCCGCGCCCGGCCCGCUGCCGCCGGUGCCGAAGAAGGAGGAGGCCAAGCCGCUGCUGACGCCGAAGCCGAUCGAGGAUCUCAUGGGGCCGACCGUGGUGACCAACAAUAUGACCGAUAGAGCUAAGUACGAAAUGGACAAAAAAGUGGACGAUACUAAGAAUUCAAAUUUUGCUCAAGCCUUCAAAAUUAAACAAGAACAGAAUUUGAAGAAUGCUAGCUCCUGGUCAUCGCUAGCCCAAGCCGGGAGUCCACAGAGUAUACCUACCAUAGGAACCAAUAAUCAAAUUAAACCGAAACCUGUUAUGGAUACUUUUCAAGCUUUCAAGAAACAGGCUCGUGAAAAGAUAGACCGGCAGCGAGCGCUAAUAGAGCAGCAGGAGUUGCGAAAGAAAGAACAAGCCGAGAGAGAGAGACAGCGGCAAGAAACAGAAAGGCGGCACCCUGAAGAUGACAAAAUGAGGGUGGGAGUGAGCGCGCGUAAGGCGGAGAGCGCGGAGGUGUCGUCGCCGUCGGUGUCGCCGGUGGCGCGCGGCUCGCCGCCCGCCGCGCCCGCCGCGCCGCCACCCGCCGCGCCCGACAAGCCGCCCGCCUCCGAGCGCGAACGCCUGCGCCAGCGCGAGCAGGAGCGGCGGCGGCGAGAAGCGAUGGCAGGCAUGAUAGACAUGAAUAUGCAAAGUGACAUGAUGGCAGCAUUCGAAGAGUCGCUGUAAUGUGUUAUGUGGACAUUUUAUUUUCUAAUUGUACAUAUGAGUAUAUAAAUUGGAUGUCAAUGCAAUCUAUACAUAAAUGGUGAUGUAAGACACCAGAGUGAUUUUGUGAUCGUUUUGUGUGUGAACUGUUGACUAACAUGUGGUUAAGUGCUGUGAAUAGAUAUACUUAUUAUAAAUUAAACUGUUGUAUCAUUCUUGACUUCGUGAGUGUGUGCUAUAGGCCUUAACGAGGGGGUUGCAUUUUAACAUAAGCUGUAUUAUAAUAAGUUUGUAUGCAAGUUCUUGAUGUAAACUCUCUUUACAUUCGUGUAAGCCUAUGAUAUAUUUAUAUUUUUAUUCUAGAAUCAUCUACCUUCCAAACUUGUUUUAUAUAGUAUGUACUAAUAAAUAGAAUGGUAGUGUUUUAAAUGCAAAAAUCAAAAAAAUAUUUGAUUUAAUUUUAUUGAUGACUACUAUUACUUGAUGAAUUAAUUGAAACCAUGGGAAGCUGUUGUUCUUGAAGCGCUGUCCCACUGUACAGCGCCGUGCAGUGCGGCAACGUGCGUUAUGUAUUUAAUAGUAAAUAGAAUUUCUGUUACGUGUUCGAUUUUCGAUAAAUAUUGCUUAAUGUUAGUAGAUUUUUUAUCAUUCUGUCAACCGUAAAACAGAUCAAAUGUCAUACAUUUGAUUUGAAAUAUAUUUAUUUUACAUUGGAAUAUGUCUUUUAUGUUUUGUAGUUAGAUAACUCCAGUGGAAAAUGUAAUAAAGUAUUAUCGGAAUUCAACAUACUCAUAAGUUUAUGGUAUGAGUAACUGUUAAUAUAGUACUAUCCGAUUAACGAAAAUUGUAUAUUAAUAAGCAAAUUUUAAUUAUUUCAGCCGUACUGCAGACUAAUAAAAAUGUAGAUAUAAAGUAAAAUAUAUUGACAUUCCAUAUCGUACUGUGUUGUUUAAAUUAAUGUAUAAUUUUUUAAAACGACAUGUAUAAAAUCUUGGAUCCAUACAUCGUAUUAUUCUAUGACAACUAAUGAAUAAAUCUUAUGUCUACUAUA